CGUUUCAACACACCACCGCGCACUAGACUGCAGCCUCUUCGCCUUCAAACUCGGAGGGAGAUUAAAAAAAUAAGAGUACGAGAGGAAGCAGAACCGGCGUCGAACAUAACAUGUCCCUCCUCCGUCCACUAGGUUUUCUAUUGUCUUGUCAACACAGUCGCUACUAGUUAGCAACCGCGUUAGCAGCAUCAGCUGGCGAGACUGGACCUUUCUCUCAUUUUCAAGAAUCUCAAAAAAAGAAAACGGCGUUAUUCUGCUCGAAUGAUUUCUUUCCGUUGGAUAAAGGAGUUGGAAUGACGUCGUAAAAACGAGAACGUGCGUCAACAACAACGCGUGAGACGUGUUGUCUUGGAUACAAACAAGAGUGGAUGAGGUUGGAUAUGUACAUGCCAGUUUAGAACCCUGGUCCAAUGGAGAAGAGGGACAGGAAGCCGGGAUAUUUUGCCAGGCUAAAGAGGCGGAGACAGCUGAAGCAGAGCCAGUCGGAGAAAACCGCCAACGAGCUCAGCGCCUCGGUCAUCGCCUGCGCGGACGUCCCGAAAGACUGCGAACCCAACAACAAAUCCGGGUUGCCAAGAACAACAACCGUUUCAGCUGACGGCUGUAAAACUAAUAACCCGCCAAAGAGGGAGAAAAGGAGACCACCAGGGACAGUGGAAUUUAUUGUGGGACCGACCGAUUCCCUCAACAGCAUCGCCCUCAACUUCAACAUCACCCCGAAUAAGCUGGUGCAGCUGAACAAGCUCUUCAGUCAAAGUGUCUACCCCGGUCAGAAGUUGUUUGUCCCUGACGUAACCCGGACGGAAGGCAAGUCUCAGACAUCCGCCGAACCGUCCCUCAAGAAUGGGCUCUCUGUGGAGACAAUGCAUGACGCCAGUCCCAACUGUUGUUCGGCGCGGUCUAUCCGACGUCAGCUCUCCCCGAAUUCGGAAGACGAGAGCCCGGCGACGGUGAAGUUCAUCAAGAUGAGUUGCAAGUACUUCACCGAUGGAAUGGGAGUUGUCGGCGGCGUCCUGAUCGUGACGCCCAACAAUAUCAUGUUCGACCCCCACAAGUCAGACCCCCUUGUCAUCGAGCACGGUUGUGAGGAGUACGGCCUCAUCUGCCCCAUGGAGGAGGUGGUUUCCGUGGCACUUUAUGACGACGUUUCACGCAUGAAGUUGAAAGACGCGCUACCAUCCGACCUACCCCGGGAUCUGUGUCCUGUCUACAGGCCCGGCGAGUGGGAGCAGCUGCCCUCAGAGCGGGAUCUGAACCCCUUCAGUCGCUACCAAUCGCUGGAUGCUAAGCAGCCUAUCAUCUUGGAUGACCUGGAGUCGGCUCUCUCUGAAACAGUCAGUACGGAAGGAGAACAGACCGACAAAUCUCCAUCAGAUGAAGGCUUCACCGAAUUGGAGCCUACAAUCAACGGGAGCACUGAAGAAUCGGAAGCAACACCCUUAAAAACUCCUGAAAUCACCCAAAGAUCCCAAAGCGAAGAGGACGCACAGGACAAGCCGCUUCUUCGCAAAAUUAAAGGGAAACUAGAUGACGACGAGGAUGAAGGAUUAGCCCAGAAUAGCUCAGUUGAAGAGGGAGAGUCCAUUCAGUCCUCGCUAGAGAACACAACCAAAGAGGAGACUUCAAAAAUUUCGAUGGAGGGCGAGAAAGCAACGCCGGAGAUUCCUGAGGAUCCUCCGAGAACAUUGAGACCGGAGGAAUUCAGCGAGCAGGACAAACGGAGAAAGAGCUACGACGCCGAGGUCAAAUCGUGGUUGAUGGAAAGGAUUCAGGCUCCGAUCGAAGACAUGCUUUUGUCCUCUGAAGAGAAGAGCAAGAACCCACCCAUGUUCCUGUGCUUCAAAGUGGGAAAACCCAUGAGGAAGUCAUUCGCCACGGGGAUGACGUCCAGCCCAGCGUACUCCUUCGGUAGCUUGGGAAAGCAACCAGAAUACUGGUUUGCUGUACCGCAGGAGAGAGUGGACCACUUGUACGCCUUCUUUGUCCAAUGGUCUCCCGACGUUUACGGCAAGGAAGCGAGGGAGCAAGGCUUCGUCGUGGUGGAGAAGGACGAGCUAGACAUGAUCGAUAAUUUCUUCGGCGACCCUGCUUCGUGUAGUUGGGAGAUCAUAACCAUCGACGAGGCUAAGCGGAGGCAGAGUUUCGGCAGCUGCGACGGCGAACUCGCUGCGGACGGCUUGCCGUUGAUGAGCGACGCUAGCUAUCUAUUGCAGGACACACAUUUAGAGAAGCUGGCCUGUCGCUUGCCGGCCCGGGUUCAGGGUUACCCGUGGCGGCUAGUCUACAGCACUGUAAAACACGGCACUAGCCUCAAGACGCUCUACCGGAAUCUGCUUGAUGUGGAUAAUCCGGUUCUGCUGGUCAUCAAAGACCUGGAUAAUCAGAUCUUUGGGGCGUUCUCCACUCAUCCCUUCAGAAUAAGCGAACAUUGCUACGGCACUGGCGAGACGUUCCUCUAUAGCUUCUGUCCUGAAAUCCAGGUGUACCGUUGGACAGGAGAGAACUCGUAUUUUGUCAAAGGCAAUAUUGACUCAUUGCAGAUGGGAGGAGGAGGCGGUCAUCUGGGUCUCUGGCUGGAUGCCGAGCUGUACCGAGGCACCACCACUAAAUGCGCCACCUUCAACAACCAGCCCCUCUCCUCUCAGCAGGACUUCAACAUCCACAGUCUGGAGGUGUGGACCUUCGAGUAGCUCCCGCCGCCUGUUUUCCCAAACGUUUUCUCGAUUCCAAAACUGUUUCAAGUAGCUGCCUGAAAUGACACUUCAUAUUCCGCGAGGCCCCCGGACUUCUGGUCAUCGCUCUCGCUCGGUUAGCUGCAUGCACUGCCUUACUGCCACAACAUUGUCAGGAAGGAACAUUUGGAGCUCGCAAAAGCUUUUAGGUUAAACCAGUGUUUCCUGCUUAAUUGAGUCAAAACAUCAUGAAAAUGUCACAAAAUGUGGACUUGUUUAGUUGCCAUUGAUAGUAAAAAAAAAUUCAUCAAUAAUGGUUUAAUCUAAUUAAUCUCAUUUUUAAUCUCACUUCAAAACUACUAAAAUGCGCCCUUAAUUUGAGGUAAUUUCCAUUUAACUCAUUAGCUUCCAUUUAGGGUGAAAAUGGAAUUAAACUAAUCUUAUUUUUAAACUCACUCAAAAUUGCUGGAAAAAUAACUCAAUUUUAGGUUCUUUUCAUUUCAAUUAAAAGUAACUUAAGGUUGAGGGGCCUUUACAGCUAUAUUUUGGAGAGAUUAAAAAUGAGAUUAAUUUGUUACAGAUCUUUUUUUUUUUUGUUUGUUUAAAUCUUUAUUUUAAAUCUCAACAGCGCUAGACAUAAAAAUCUCUAAAUCGCAUCUUUGUAUUGAUUGAUAGUGGAAAAAAAUGAAUUAUGAUCUUUAAUGAUUUAAUCAAAUUAAUCUCAUUUUUAAUCUCACUUUCAAAACUGCUAAAAUGCGCCCUUGUUUUGAGGUAAUUUCAAUUACCUCAUUAGCUUCCAAUUUGGGUGAAAAAGGAAAUAAUUUUAUUAAUCUUAUUUUUAAUCUCACUCAAAAUAGCUGGAAAAAUAACUCGAAUUGAGCUUUUUGUUUCAAUUAAUAGUAACUUUAGGUUGAGGAGCCUUUACAGCUAUAUUUGGGUGAGAUUAAAAAUGAGAUAAAUUACAUUAAUUCGUUAAGGAUCUUAUUAUUUUUUUUUGUCUGUUUAAAUCUUUAUUUUAAAUCCCAACAGCACUAGACAUAAGAAUCCGUAGGUCACAUCUUGGUAUUGAUUGAUAGUGGGGAAAAAAUGAAUGAAUAAUUAUGAUCUUUUAUGAUUUAAUCUAAUUAAUCUCAUUUUUAAUCACAGUUCAAAACUGUUAAAAUGCACCCUUAAUUUGAGGUAAUUUCCAUUUAACUCAUUAGCUUCCAUUUAGGGUGAAAAUGGAAUUAUAAAUAAUCUCAAAUUCCAGCCUUUAGAGCUAUAUUUAGGUGAGAUUAAGAAUGAAUUUAAUUAAAUUUAUUUAUUACAGCUCAUAUUUUUUUUUUGCUUAAAUCUUUAUUUUCAAUAUCAACAGCACUAGACAUAAAAAUAUGUAGGUAGCAUCUUGGUGUUGAUUGAUAGUGAAAAAAAUGAAAUAACAAUUCUGAUCUGUUGUGGUUUGAUCUAAUUAAUCUCAUUUUUAAUCUCACUCCAAAACUGCUUAAAUUCGCCCUUAAUUUGAGGUGAUUACCAUUUAACUCAUUAGCUUCCAUUUAGGGCGAAAAGGGAAUUAAUCUAAUUAAUCUCAUUUUUAAUCUCACUCAAAAUUGCUGAAAAAAAUAACUCAAUUGGAGCUUCAUUUCAAUUAAAAUUAAUUUAAGGUUAAAGGGCCUUUCUAACUAUAUUUGAGUGAGAUUAAAAAUUUAGAUUAAUGAGAUUAAUUUGCUAUAGAUCAUAUUUUUUUGGUUUGUUUAAUCUUUAUUUUAAAUCUCAACAGCACUAGACAUAAAAAUCCAUAGGUCGCAUCUUGGUAUUAAUGAUAGUGGAAAAAAAUGUAUUAAUAAUUAUGAUCUGUAAUGAUUUAAUCUAAUUCAUCUCAUUUUUAAUCUCACUUCAAAACCGCUCAAAUGCGCCCUCAAUUUGAGGUAAUUUACUUUGAACUCAUUAGCUUCCAUUUAGGGUGGAAAAGGAAUUAAUCUAGUUAAUCUCAUUUUUAAUCUCACUCAAAAUCGCUGGAAAAAUAACUCAAAUUGAGUUUUUCAUUUCAAUUAAAAAUAACUACGUUGAUGGGGCCUUUACAGCUAAAUUUGGGUGAGAUUAAAAAAUUUGAUUAAUUCGUUACGGAUCAUAUUUUUUGUUUGUUUGUUUAAAUCUUUAUUUUAAAUCACAACAGCGCUAGCCAAAAAAAUCCAUUGGUCGCAUCAUGGUGCCUUCACUGUCACCGUUGCACCAGACAAAAUUUAUAAAUGUUGGGAAUCACUGGGUUAAACUAAUAGCCAUUGUAUGAAUGUAUAACAAAUAAUCAUACGGAAAGUGGAUGCUUGAUGUAAAUUCCUAGAAAAAGGAAGCUGAGAUUCGUCCUUUUCCCCUUCAGGAUUUGUUGAAUCAUUGUUUACAAACGCUGCACUUGCCUCAUUUUGAAUUCGACUGACGUUCCCUCAACGUAACCGCAAAGUGUUUCCAUUCCACGCCAAAAUAUUGGUUCCGUUUCAUAUGAUUUGACAUUUUUUUACUUUCAUUUUUCGUUCUAUUUCUACGAGCAGCACCACUUUUUUUACGCUUGUACUUUUAUAGAAAUAUCGUGCUUUACAGUAUAUAUAUUUUGUGACUGAUGCAAGCCAAUAAGCACUAUACAAAGAUAUUUCCCCCCCUUUUCUGUCACUUUUUUGCACUAGAUAGAGGAUUUAAAGGCACCUAAAUUAUGACUGAAUGUUAUCCUGACACCACUACAAAAAGGGAACCAACCCGCUGGGCGUCGCUGCACUCUUGACAUGCCACUAAAAAGUAAUUUGAUGUGUAUCUGACACUGCUUUGUAAGUGCAUGGAUAUACUAUGCCAUACCAAUGCCAGUUAUAGCGACCUGUGCGUAAAUGAGCUCUUGUGUUAUAGUUGUUACUGUGAAUGCGACCCAAGUAUUAUCAUUUGUGAAUACAAAAACUGCUGUCUUCUGUGAGUGAGGGAUCUAUUUAUUGUUGUUGUUAUUGCAACUACAUUAAACAUGAAUAAAUGUGGUAUAGAUAUAUGGAAAUGUUGACAUUGGAAGUGUUUAAUGCAGUACUUUUCAAAUAGUGGGGUGCUGAACAAUGCCGGGAGUGGCAAAUGUGAGCUUGGGAAACAUACUUUUUUUGCCGUAUUAGAACAAAGUGUAAUUGCACAUCCACUCAGUGGGUGGCAGUGACACUCUCAUUUUCAGAGUGUGUAGUAUUUUUGAACCAAACAGGACUACACAGCAAAGAGCACUGGAGAUGUGAAGAGCCAAGACGAGGAAAUAUGAC